CGCGCGUGUGUGUGUGUGUGUGUCUGUGUGUAGACUCGCACACAUUUGAUCGAGCGCUGUGCGGCAGACUCAGAUCAUGACGCGCGCUCCGUUUCUCCUUCAUACGAUUCGUUUCGACGCUCGACGGCUCGUUUGAUCGUUUUACCCGGUCCCGAUGGAGGGAGCCGUGGCCGGAGGAUGCUCCGCGCUGCCGGAGGACGAGGACGCGGUGGUCGGUGCGGGAUGCGGGACGGAUGCAGAUCUCGACGCUGUUCUCAAGAAGACCUGCAUAACCGAGAUGCCAUCUUCCUCGUAUCACUCCAGCUCUGGCCUUGAGAAGAAGAUCGGUCACAGGCGGGUCGAUGCAUCCGGUGAAACCACCUACAAGAAGACGACCUCGUCUGCCCUGAAAGGAGCCAUUCAGCUGGGGAUCGGCUACACCGUGGGUAACCUGAGCUCCAAACCCGAGCGCGACGUCCUCAUGCAAGACUUCUACGUGGUGGAGAGCAUUUUCUUCCCCAGUGAAGGCAGUAAUCUGACUCCGGCACAUCACUAUCCAGACUUCAGGUUUAAAACGUAUGCUCCAGUGGCGUUCCGCUACUUCAGAGAACUCUUCGGGAUUCGACCGGAUGACUAUCUGUAUUCUCUCUGUAAUGAGCCCUUGAUCGAGCUCUCGAACCCUGGUGCCAGUGGCUCCAUUUUCUACGUCACUCGAGAUGAUGAGUUCAUCCUGAAGACCGUGAUGCACAAAGAGGCUGAGUUCCUGCAGAAGCUGCUUCCAGGAUAUUACAUGAACCUGAACCAGAAUCCCCGAACACUGCUGCCUAAGUUCUUCGGUUUGUACUGCGUUCAGUCCGGAGGGAAGAACAUCCGUAUCGUGGUGAUGAAUAACAUCCUGCCGCGCAUCGUUCGCAUGCACCUCAAGUUCGACCUGAAGGGCUCCACGUACAAGCGCCGCGCGUCCAAGAAAGAGCGCGAGAAGUCCAAGCCCACCUUUAAAGACCUGGACUUCAUGCAGGACGUUCAGGACGGACUCCUGCUGGACGUGGACACGUAUAACGCGCUGGUGAAGACGCUCCAGAGAGACUGUCUGGUGUUGGAGAGUUUUAAGAUCAUGGACUACAGUCUGCUGUUGGGGGUUCAUAAUCUGGAUCAGGCGGAGCGCGAGCAGCAGAUGGAGGGAUCUCAGAGCAGCAGCGAUGAGAAGAGACCGGCCGCACAGAGAGCGCUUUACUCCACCGCCAUGGAGUCCAUUCAGGGAGGAGCGGCGUGUGGAGACUCCAUCGACACCGAAGACACGAUGGGAGGCAUUCCUGCUGUCAACGGGAAAGGAGAGAGACUCCUGCUCUUCAUCGGCAUCAUAGACAUCCUGCAGUCCUACAGACUCAUAAAGAAGCUGGAACACACAUGGAAGGCUCUGGUGCAUGACGGGGACACCGUUUCCGUCCACCGGCCGAACUUCUACGCUGACCGAUUCUUCCAGUUCAUGAGCAACACUGUGUUCAGGAAAAGCAGCUCUCUGAAGGCUUCUCCUGCUAAGAAGGGCCGUGUGGCGCUGACGGUGCCCAAAUUCAGCGGUCCUGGAGCGGCGUGGUCGUCCGGUCAGCUUACCUCAGAGAGGGACGAGAACAUCUAUGAUCUGAGAGGAGCGCGCAGUUUCCCCGUGCUGGAAAAUGAUGGUCUGCAGUCUUGCACUCCUCCGUCUUUCGAAGAAGCGACCACGACUUCUGUGGCCACAACCCUGUCCUCAAACACCUCCAUAUCUAUCCCAGAGCGCUCUCCGUCAGACACCACAGAGCACCCGCGCUACAGAAGACACACAUUGUCUCUAAAAGACGCUGAGGGAAGGAUGCAUGAAGUGGUGGAUGUGCAUGAGGAAGAGCAGCAGACCAUCACUGUGCAGGUGGAGGUGAAGAGAGAGAGAGAAGAAGAAGAGGAGGAGGAGGAGCCAGACGUCACACUGACGCACGCGGUGAUGGAUGUUCCUCCUCCAGACACUGCUGACCUUGUCCCACAAACAGCCACUUCAGCAUCUGUUACCCAGGAAACCGUCUCCCAGGCAAUACUUCGUGGUGAAACCCAGACAACAGUUCCCGUGGAAACCGCUACUUUGACAGAAACCUGGACCCUUGAAACAGCGCCGGUCCCUGAAGCAGCAGAACCGUUCGGUGCUAGCCCGAAAAUGCAGCAUCCCAGCGUGGACAGACUCUCAGAGGCUCAGAGCCGGGAAUCUCUGGAGGAAGAGGUCACAUCCACCACGGACAUCUAUUUUUACGCUGAAGGCAGAUAUUGGGUUUAUUCUCCGGUGCUCCAGCGAAGGAAGCUCAGCUCCUGCAGUGUCACUCCAGAGGACAGGAGUUGGGUUUAUUCGCCCCUGCAUUACGACUCAGAGCCUCACAGUGAAAGCGACACAUAAUCUGGAUGUUCAGUAGACAUCUCUCUCUCUCUGCUGUGGGACUGAAGCGGUUUUGCUGGGACCUUUUCUUCAGGAUGA